UUACUUCAGGCGGAGAAACAAACUGGUUGUGUUGCCGCCUUCAGCUGGAGGUCUGACUUCUUAAAACCAAACCACUUCUUCACAACAGACGUAGCUCCAGUUCCUCGUCAGAGGUCGAUGUCCUGCACUCUGUUAUAUUAAUGCACCAAAAUGUCAUCACGCUCUAUUGAAAUGAAAGGACGUUUGAAUCCACAUGAUCCAUUCUUCACUAUCACAGAAAAAUCUUUUAAAACACACAUAAACACUGAUGUAUGUCUCCACCAACCAGUCCAGUUGUAGUUAAUCAGCGUGUGAAUUCUUGAGUUACGGCCAAAACCUUCAGUCAUAGUGACCCUUGACCACAAUAAAUCAGUUCAUCUGUGAGUCCAGGUGAACCUGUGUGCAGUAUUUGAAUCAGAGCCAGACCUACGGAGUAACUGUUACGAACACUGUGAAAUGCACUGUUUACUAAAGGUGCACUGUUUAGCAUUCGAGGACGUAAUAUUUGAUAACAAGAGGGUAUAGACUUUUAUUCCGACUGCAGAUAGGAAAACCAUCCAAUCCCGUGUGUUCCUGCUGUGAAAGAGACUUCGCCCUCAGCCUGACUCACCUGAGGUAAACAAGGAAACAGAAGAUUUGUUCUGCAUCAGUGAGAAGAGUCGGAGACGUUAAAAUCCAACUACAGACUAAACCACUGCUUCUGCUGAAUACCACCACUUUUAGAAGACUCUCAGGGAGCAGGGAGUGACGGACUGGUUUCCUGUCUGCCUGCUGUGAGACUGAAUGGCUUCCAGAUUACUAAUCAGUUUCUCUUUGAAACUGAAGUGAAUGUUUGAGCAAAAUUUCAAGGAAUUCAUGAUUUUAAGACCUGAGGAAGAGAAGGAAGUAUAAAUUCGAUUUAAUGAUCUUUUAAUUUUUAUGUCUAGUUUUACACAUUUAUCAUUUAAAUGCAAACUGAACAGGUAACAGAACAGAAGAGCUAUUUCACAAUCUCUGCGUUCCUGCUCUGAAAGAAACUCCUCCCUCAGCCUGACUCACCCCAGACAAACCAGGAAACAGAGAAUUUAUUCUGUGUCACUGAGAAGAGACAGAGACGCGCUGAGAGACAAGACAAGACGAAGGUUUACCUAUAGUCAAAAACCACGGAGGACAGCUACAGGAGGGAAGAACUGGGAAUACUGGAAAUACUACAACUUCAACCUGCUGCUAACUCCACACAGUUUUACAAGAACAAAGACUCAAAGUGAAAGUAAACUCUCAGGGAGCAGGGCGUGACUGACUGGUUUCCUGUCUGCCUGCUGUGAGACUAAAUGGCUUCCAGAUUAAAGGAGGAACUCUGCUGUCCGGUCUGUCAUGACAUCUUUAAAGAUCCUGUCAUCCUGUCAUGCAGCCACAGCUUCUGUAAAGACUGUCUGCAGAGCUGGUGGAGAGAGGAAAAAACCCACGAGUGUCCAGUUUGUAAGAGAAGAUCUUCAAUGGAAAUACCACCUCCUAACUUCGAGUUAAAGAACCAGUGUGAGUCCUUCUUACAGGAGAGAGAUCAGAGAUCUUCAGAGGCUCUCUGCAGUCUGCACUCUGAGAAACUCAAACUCUUCUGUCUGGACCAUCAGCAGCCAGUGUGUGUCGUCUGCAGAGAUUCAGAAAAUCACAACAAACACAGCUUCAGACCCAUCGAUGAAGCUGCACGACAACACAAGAAGGAACUUCAGGAAACUCUGGAGCCCUUAAAGAAGAAGUUAAAGGAUUUUGAACGAGUUAAAGUGAAGUUUGAUCAAACAGCAGGACACAUUAAGGUCCAGGCCCGACACACAGAGAGGCAGAUUAAGGAGCAGUUUAAGAAGCUUCACCAGUUUCUAGAAGAGGAAGAGGAGGCCAGGAUGGCUGCACUGAGGGAGGAAGAGGAGCAGAAGAGUCAGAUGAUGAAGGAGAAGAUGGAGGCUCUGAGCAGAGAGAUAGCAGCUCUUUCACACACAGUCAGAGCCACAGAGGACGAGCUGAGAGCUGAAGACGUCUCAUUCCUCAACAACUACAAGGCUGCAGUGGAAAGAGUCCAGCAGCGCCCCCUGCUGGAGGAUCACCAGCUGCUCUCAGGAGCUCUGAUAGACCAGGCCAAACACCUGGGCAACCUGACCUUCAACAUCUGGAACAAGAUGAAGGACAUGGUCUCCUACAGUCCUGUGGUUCUGGAUCCAAACACUGCUGGUCCAGGACUGAUCCUGUCUGAAGAUCUGACCAGUCUGAGACGAGGAGAGAAACAGCAGCUUCCUGACAAUCCAGAGAGGUUUGAUUCUAACUGGUCUGUCCUGGGCUCUGAGGGGUUUAACUCAGGGACUCACAGCUGGGACGUCGAGGUUGGAGACAAUACAGACUGGAGACUGGGUGUGUUAGCAGAGUCUGUCCAGAGGAAGGGAGUCAUCUGGUCUGGAAUAUGGAAAAUAAGGUUCUGUGGAGGGAAAUACUCAGCAGUAUCACCAUCGGCUCCAUCCAUUAUUCUCCCAGUGAAGAGGAAGUUCCAGAGGAUCAGAGUGAAUCUGGACUGGGACGGAGGAAAACUGUCGUUCUCUGAUCCUGAUACUGACACACACAUUCACUCCUUCACACACACCUUCACUGAGAAGCUGUUUCCAUACGUUGACACGUCUUCCCCACUGAAGAUUUCACCACUGAGACCUUCAUUCACAUUGAGAUGAUGAUGAUGAUUACAUCCAUUUACUUUUCUCAGCCAGAGAAAGAUAAAAUUAGAUGUACGACCUUGUGGCUGUACGCCUCCACCAACCAGUUGUAGAUAAUUAGCCUGUGAAUUCAGAGUAAUUGAGUUUUGUGCCACAUUUUAGCAGAUUGAUCCAUCAUGAUUUUCAUUCGUGGAGGCGUGGCUGUGUAUAAAAUAGUCAGCUACAAUGUUAAAAAUGCUUCAUUAUGCCUGCUUUGACUACUUUCGCUUUUAACUCAAUUUACACUUCUAUAUUUUUAGUUAAGUAAUGUUUUCAAUCAGGCAUGGGUCGGUAUGUGUGUAACGUUAGUGAGGAAACAAGCUGAUGUCAGCUAGUUAAUUAUCAUCUAUCUCAGUAGAAAGUCUGUUGUGUUUAUUUCACUGAUGCUAGACAUGCUAACUCUCGUAGCUGUUCCAUACGUUCAUUUCAAGACAGCAACACCUUGAAUUUUUUCUCUGUAGGAAUGGUAUAAUGGAAAAUGCUAGUGGUUUUGAAGCCUUGACUUUUUCAAACCUACUACUAUACCUUGAAAUCAGUAACUGAGAGUUACCAUGCCUAUUUCCAAAGCAGGACUUUUAUUUUAACAGUGAGUUAUUAGUACUUGAGUAAAGGAUCCAGAUGCUUCCUUA